AAGCCAUUAUAAUUCAAUGUCAGAUUGUUUAGCACAUAUAAUAAGUAAAAUCAAUCACACGGUUCUACAAAAGAGCCAUUUAUUUAAUAUCAAAAGCGCGAGGACGACAACAACACUAAAGACUUUAAACAAACAUGUAUCGCUCAGCCUAUCAGAAGGGCUUCCUAUCAGUACUAUAUAGCGUGGGCAGUCAUCCAUUGGAGCGCUGGUCCACAUAUACCAAAAAUGGGUACAUCAAACGCAUAUACGACGAGGACAUCAAAUCGUUGGUACUGGAGGUAAUGGGAUCGAAUGUGUCCACAACAUUUAUACAUUGUCCCAGUGAUUGCAAAAUGGAGCUGGGCAUUAAGUUGCCCUUCCUGGUGCUGCUCAUCAAGAAUAUGCAUAAGUAUUUCUGCUUCGAGGUCAAGGUCCAGGAUGAUCAGCGUUUUAUGCGACGCUUUCGUGUGUCCAAUUUCCAAAGCAAAACCUCGGUUAAGCCAUUUUGCACAGCCAUGCCAAUGGGCAUGUCGCCCGGCUGGAACCAAAUACAAUUCAAUUUGGCCGACUUUACGCGUCGCGCCUACGGUUCAAAUUAUUUAGAGACUGUAACCUUACAGGUUCAUGCUAAUGUACGCAUUCGACGCAUCUAUUUCACCGACAAGCUCUACACGGAAGCCGAACUGCCCCAUGAUUAUCGUCUGUUGGGCAAGCCCAAAGAUCUCAAACAACCACAGAAACAGUACAAGAAGUCGGCCACAGCCCGUCCUCCGUCACCGUUAAGCACUCGCCACGAGGAGGUGAAACAGACGGAGCCGGAAGUCAUUAUGGAGACUGUAGAAGCGGAAAUGGAGAAACCAGCACCUCCGUCUGUAUCUGAAAUGAAAGCACCCUCGCCCCCAGUGGAGGCAUCAUCCGAGAUAGUGCCACCUGUCGAGGAACCGCCCACACAAACGGAGGCCACCGAGGAACAAUAUUAUUAUUAAUAUUUCGAGUUUUCCAGUUAAAUCUUGUUAAUAUGUUAAUUCAAAUUAGUUCAUGCAUGGGUGUGUGUGUGUAUGUGGAACACAAAGAGGCGAAACCUAAAAUUUUAAGUCACAACAUACAUAAAAAUAAAGUACUUAGUACCCGUUCUGGAAGCAACCCGUCGAAA